GCUUGCUCUACCUGGAGUCCGGGACAGCCCUGAUGUUCGGGCUCGCACCUGUGAUCGACAUGACUGGCACGAUGGUGAGACGUUAUUGAGGUUGGAGCCGAUGGAUUUUGAGUCCCUAAGCUAUAUAUCUGGGCUCGCUCGGCGUGUUUUUUCGAUGGUACAAACUGGAAAUAAGCAUCUGUGAACCUUGUGUAAAUCAGUGCUAAAAUGAUCGGCUUCAAUAGCAUUUUUCUGCUCUCGCUAUUUGGCCUCAGCAGAGCUGCCCCGUCGAGAAGUGAAGCAUCUGCCGACAGGACUAUUAGCCCUCGUGCUGCUUGCACUCCCACUGCUGGCGGAAGCUCCUCGACUGACGAUGUCCCCGCAAUCCAAGAAGCGAUCACAUCAUGCGGUGACGGAGGUACGAUCGUAAUCCCGGCGGAUACGACGUAUUACUUGAAUAGUGUACUCGAUUUCAAGGGCUGCUCGAACUGUGACUUCCAGGUAGAAGGGUUGCUCCAGUUCACCAGCUCCACGGAUUACUGGAAUGGAAAGACAGCCAUGAUCAGUGUCUCAGACAUUGACGGCUUGAAGCUUCGCUCCGUCACGGGCUCCGGGGUUAUUGAUGGGAAUGGGCAAGAGUCAUGGGAUAAAUUUGCCGAAGACAGCAGCUACAAGCGUCCGACCCUACUUUAUAUCACCGGGGGCAGUAACAUUGAGGUGUCCGGACUUCGACAAAAGAACCCACCCAACGUGUUCAUUUCCGUCAAGGGUGACACGUCAAAUGCCCAAUUUACAGGUCUCACUAUGGAUGCCACCUCGUCGUCGGACAAUCUUCCGAAGAAUACAGACGCCUUUGACAUAGGUGCUAGCACCUACGUGACCAUCUCAUCGGUCACCAUCACCAACGACGAUGACUGCGUGGCGUUCAAACCGGGCGCAAACUAUGUAACCGUAGAGAAUGUGUCUUGCACGGGUUCCCACGGCAUUUCGGUUGGCUCACUUGGAAAGUCUGGCGACGAUACCGUCCAGAAUGUUUAUGCCCGCAACAUAACAAUGAUCAAGUCGAGCAAAGCAGCAGGCAUCAAAACCUACCCUAGUGGUGGAGACCAUGGCCUAUCAACGGUGAAGAAUGCUACAUUCGAGGAUUUCAUCGUCGAUGGGUGUGAUUAUGCCUUCCAGAUCCAAAGCUGUUAUGGCGAAGAUGACACAUACUGUGAAGAAAACCCUGGCAACGCAGUGCUGGAAGGCAUUGUCGUCAAGGGGUUCACGGGCACCACGAGUGAUAAGGAGGACCCUGUGGUAGCAAAUCUGAACUGCGGGUCCAAGGGCACCUGCGAUGUUACUAUCAGUGGGUUUGAAGUGAAAGCUCCAUCGGGGGAUGCGAAGAUCCUGUGCGGAAACACUCCUUCUAACCUCGGUGUCACCUGUAGCUCAGGUGCAUCUGGGUAA